GUCGCCCAGAGGCAGGAGGCGCGCUGCAAGGAUGGGAGGUUAGAGCGCGAGGGUUGCGCACACACCGAGCCGCGGGAUCGCCGGCGCAGCAGCCCACCUUUCCUCCGCUCCGCUCCACUCCGCUCCUUCCCUCUCUCACUCGCUCCUCUGCCCCCCUCUCGCUCUCCUUCCCUCUCCCCGCGUCCCUCCUUUGGUGCUACAGGAGGAAAUCCUGUGAAUGUCAUUGGGGGGGCGGAGGGGGUGGGUGGGUGGAGGUGCCACUCCGCGGCUGGUGCUGGUGAAAGACAUUCGGGAGCAGGCAGCCUUCGCGGGGGCAGCUCUCGCCACAGACAAACCCAUCCCGUCCAGCACACUACAAAGGACCGAGACCUGCCAAUGUCAUCAGCCAUCGAGAGGAAAAGCCUCGAGCCCUCCGAGGAGCCAGUGGAUGAGGUGCUCCAAAUCCCUCCUUCCCUAUUAACAUGUGGGGGUUGUCAGCAGAACAUUGGGGACCGCUACUUCCUCAAAGCUAUUGACCAGUACUGGCACGAGGACUGCCUCAGCUGUGACUUGUGUGGGUGCAGACUUGGAGAAGUGGGAAGGCGACUGUAUUAUAAACUGGGCAGAAAACUCUGUCGAAGAGAUUAUCUCAGGCUUUUUGGCCAAGAUGGCCUCUGUGCCUCAUGUGACAAGAGAAUUCGGGCCUAUGAGAUGACCAUGCGAGUGAAGGACAAAGUGUAUCAUCUGGAAUGCUUCAAGUGUGCCGCCUGCCAGAAACACUUUUGUGUCGGUGACAGAUACCUUCUCAUCAACUCAGAUAUAGUGUGUGAGCAGGACAUCUAUGAGUGGACUAAGAUCAAUGGGAUGAUAUAGCUCACCUGUGCCUCAUAAUCUCCAAGACACACUUCAUGGGUGACACAAAUACCUAGCUGUGGCAAGGAGAUUAUCACUCACAACAUCUAUGUGCUUUGUCUAAGGAAAGGGAACAUGCAAAGAAUGCAGAUGCACUGCAUUGUGUACAAACCAUGAUUGGGAACUGAAACUGUAGUUGUUUGAUGGAUUUCUGUUAGCAAAUAUGCUUUGAUGUUAAACUGACACUUUUGGAGGUGACGGUGAAAGCUGGGGAAUCAAUAUAACAAUGGAUUCCCUUGUCUGGAAAUAUAGUAGUGACAUGUAAAAAUAUAUUAUGGCUUUGACAUUUGCAGACUAGGUUGUGCAACUGAAUUUUCUUUAUGUCAUUUCUAUUUAAUCUACGUAGACCAUAAUAAUACCAAUGUUAAUCCAAGAUGGAACAGCAUCAGGAGUGUGCAUUUGGGGAGGGGAAUGGUACUUGCAUCCUUCUGUUUUGGAUGUAGAAAGAGAGCCUGUUUUAAAUUUUUGCAUGAAAAUCAGGUUUGUGGGGAGGGGUCAGCUUGAGAAUGAAAAGUACAACCUUGGGCUGAAAUGCAGCACAAGACACAACUUGUUAUAGACAUUUAAGUCUUUGUGAGAUCAGUGGAACUUAAUGGCAUGUAAGUGGGAUGCAGGACUGUAGCCUUAAAUGCUAAGCAACUGGUUUAGGAAAUUAAAGCAACAGUCCUAUGUAUGUUUGCAUAGAAAAAAGGCCCAAAACUCCCAUUAUUCCCCAGCAACCAAGCUAGGGCAUACUGGGAGUUGUAGGCCCUUUUUUCUGUCCAAACAUGCAUGGAACUGUGCCUUAAGAGGAAUACCUGCCUUCUGCUCCCAUUGUUUGAUCAGAAAAUCCACUGCUCAUUUCUAUACAAAUAUAAAUUUAAAGAGUUGUUCAGCUAUUUUAUUAACUUGGGCAAUAUCCAUAAAUAAUUUGUUGUGUGUAGUUGGAAUCUGCUGAUUUAAUAAUAAAAAAUGACUGAUUUGA